CACGGGAAAACAUGUGAGCGGUCUGAGGACUUUAGUGAGAGACAACUUUUAUGUCUUCAAUGUUUUUUUUUGACCCCGUGCAUGCACAAACCGUCGUGUUGUGCUUAAAAGGAAUUACAUCUGAAGGAACGUCACGGCUCUUUUGCAGUUCACGUUGAUUUUCUUAGGGGGGAUUGACUUUUUGUGUUCAUCAGGAUAAAUUGUGUUAUUGUUUUGUGUUAUUUUAUUUUUUAUAUCUUAGUGUUGGGCUCUUAUAAGCAGAAGCAACAUUAAUUUAUUUUUUAAAAUACAUUUCUUUAUAGCAGUGGGUCAAAUUCAGGACACCUGAUCUUACAAUAUUUGUAAUUUUCUUUUAGUAAUUUGCUGCUUGGAGAAAUAUAGCCCAAAAUAAAAAUAUAUAUAAAUAUAUCACAUUGCAGGUGAACCCCACUUAAAGGGGGCAGAUCUUGUGUUUAUAUUAUUUGUAUUUUCAUAUUUUUAGUGUUAUUUUUUUAAUGAUUUUUUAAACUAUGAAGCAUUUGCAAUUUGUGCUCGUCUUGGCCAUCGCGGCCAGCGUGUGGGAAUGUGGAGACGCGAAAUUCGGCGAGAGGGGAGAAAUUAGCCCCAGGAGGAGAAGAUGUUACGACGGAAGCUUGCCCAAGCGGCUGAAGAAAAGGGAGCGAAAAGUGUUGCUUGACGGCAGCAACAGCAGCAGCGGAGGAGGAGAAGUUUGCCACAGGUUGUAUCCUCGUGUGUCCUGCUGUCCCACCAGGAGAGCCGCCUAUCAGAUCCUGCACCGCAGGGAUGCCAGGAUUUUCUCCACCAACAACACCGAAUGUGGACGUCUCCUGGAGGAGAUCAAGUGUGCUCGCUGCUCCCCCAAUGCCCAGGUGUUGUUCCACUCCUUGGACAUGGAUAAGAUGCCACACAGGGAGCCAGACCUGCCGCAGCUCUGCCAGGACUUCUGCCGCGAGUUCUACUACACCUGCAGGGGGCACAUACCAGAACUGUUCCAGGCUGAUGUGGAUGAGUUCUGCCAAUACUAUGGGAGGAGAGAUGCCAGUCUGUGCUUUCCAGAUUUUCAACGAAAGCGACCACAAGGGCAAGAUUCCAACUACUUGGGAGAUGAGAAAAUAGAAGAUAUCAGGAAACACAAACACAACUGCUACUGUGCCCGGGAGGUGUUGAGUGGUCUGAGGCAGCCUGUGGCCGUGGUGCACUGUGGGGAUGGAUCCCAGCGGCUCUUUGUCCUGGAGAGGGAGGGGAUUGUCAGGAUACUCAACCAUGACCUCGAGCUAAUCAAGGAGCCCUUCCUGGACAUCCACAAGCUGGUGCAGAAUGGCCUGAAGGGUGGAGAUGAAAGGGGCCUGCUAAGCCUGGCAUUCCACCCCAAUUACAAGAAGAAUGGCAAGCUCUACGUCUCCUACACCACCAACCAAGAGCGCUGGGCCAUCGGACCACACGACCACAUUCUCCGUGUGGUUGAAUACACCGUUUCGAGGAAAAACCCAAACCAGGUGGACACCCGGACUGUCCGGGUGCUGAUGGAAGUGGCAGAGCUGCACAGGAAGCACCUAGGCGGUCAACUUCUUUUCAGUCCUGAUGGUCUGUUGCACAUCGUCCUGGGAGAUGGCAUGAUCACCCUGGAUGAUAUGGAGGAGAUGGAUGGACUCAGUGAUUUCACAGGGUCCGUCCUGAGGGUAGAUGUGGACACAGACUGCUGUACGUCACCUUAUUCUAUACCGCGGAACAACCCGUACUUCAACAGUACCAACCAGCCUCCUGAAAUCUUUGCUCAUGGAUUACAUGACCCAGGCAGGUGUGCAGUGGAUCGGCUUCAGACUGAUAAUGGGAGUCUCCUGAUCCUUUGUACAGAUGCCAGUGGCAAAAACACAUCAGCAGGAAGAAUACUGGAGAUUAGUAAGGGAAAAGAUUAUGAAAAUGAGCCUUCUGUCUAUGACUUGCAGUCCAGUGGAGGAGCACCACCUGUGGGGGGCUUCAUCUACAGGGGCUGCCAGUCUAGAAGACUUUAUGGCAGCUAUGUGUUUGGAGAUAAAAAUGGUAACCUGCGGAUCCUCCAGAAGUCUACAUUGUCAACAUCAGCAAAUGGUGAACAGUGGCAGGAGAAGGCUCUGUGUCUGGGCUCCGCUGGCACCUGUGGCUCCACGCUUGUAGGACACAUCUUGGGUUUCGGAGAGGACGAGCUUGGUGAAGUCUACAUACUGGCAAGCAGUAAAAGCAUGUCGCAGUCACACAGUGGGAAACUCUACAAGCUGGUAGACCCCAAAAGGCCUCAUGCCCCAAAGGAGUGCCAGCGUCAGGUGGAGCCUCCAGAGCUGCUGAUGACAGCUUGUUCCAGACACUGUAAGAACGGACACUGCACUCCGACUGGCAAGUGCUGCUGCAGCCCUGGCUGGGAGGGACCCUUCUGCAGAGUUGCCAAGUGUGAACCAGCCUGCCGCAACGGAGGAGUGUGUAUGGAGCCCAACAAGUGCCUGUGUAAGAGCGGCUACUCCGGGGCCCAGUGUGAGAACAGUGAGCGAGGCAUGCCCAACGACCAGGAGAAAGACGGCAUUCUGGACCACAUCAUUGACAUGACCUCGUACCUCCUAGACCUGACCAGCUAUAUCGUAUAGGGGUGCGCAGAGGGGGGCUGCUCCCCGCUGUCGUCCGCAAGUUGACACAAAUCUACCUACCACCACCAGCAGACUCUUAACGAGGUGUUCUUAACACGACCUCUUAAUCUCCCUCACACCCACACAGGCAUGUACACAGACACACAUUCAAAUACCCCUUCAGACUGAUUUUCAUCCUCAUCCUCAUCACCAUACCAAACUCUUCCUCUUUCGCCUAUAAGCUACUUGCUCUUGAGCACCAGGCCUGGCAUCCAAGCCGUGUUCACACUUCGGAGAGACCUGCAGACAGCAGAGGAGAUGAUCGAUAAGCAUGGCCAAGUUAUGGAAGUUCCACUAAGACAUUUUUCCUCUCUCGUUCAGAAAAACGCUCGCACACGGCUGAGUCUACAGGAACAGGAACUCCACAGGAACAGAACAUUUUAACCCAAGACUUUGGAUCUUGUCAGGGGCUAUCUGUUGCCUUACCCCCCAAAAUGGAGUUUGAGGCAUUUCAGAGACAGUUGAUUGUUCAGGGGUUCUUCAAGGAUUCCAAAUUGUGUAGAGCGGCGUGACUCAAGAUCCAAUUUAUGCUCCUGGUCCAUUCAAAAUACAGAAACAUAAAUGUCCACAUAGACUGACUUUGAAGGAACUCUGCACCUCUGAAGUCAAAGAGUUGUGGGUCAUAUAGAGACCACAGUGCUUUGUGCUUUACUAUUCUAAAGGCACUAAUCCAAGAGAGAUUACCCAUGUCGUCUCACUUAAGAUGUUGUAUUUAGUUUGUGGGCACAUUGUCAUAAAAAGCUAUAACAGUAUACAGUAUGUAUACUUUGUUUUUGCAACACUCACUUGCUACCAAUGUACAGAAUGGAUUUCCGACAGAAGACAGUCACCUACACAGAAAUAGGAACGACUGAGUGAGAACGUUUUGUCAAAGCCAGUUUCAUACAAUCUGAACAGAGUUUUUGGCUCCCAUGCACUGUAUUCAUGUUUUGUUUCAUUCACUUUAUUAUUCAAAAUGAAUUUUAAACAUUUAUUAAAAGCGCAAUGAGAGUAGUUUAACAUUCACAUAUACACAUCACUCUAUCACAGGUCAUGGUUUAACAAACUCUUUUCAUUGCGUCACACACUGAAACCGAACCCGGACUCAAAACUUCAACGAGAAGAGAUAGCGCGGUGAUGUAUAUUUCCAAUAGAGCUUACCUAAGUACUACUUAGCAUUGCAAAAAAAAACAAAAAAAAAAAACUAUAGCAUUACUAUUGUUAUCAUAGAGGAGGGUUUAUUUUUUUAAGCGUAAUAAUAUAUGGGAGAGAAUGGUGUUUAUAGAAAGCAGUUUUACACUAAGCCUGUCAGUUCAUGUCAUGUCAUGUUCUUGUACUUAUACAUUUGCAGCUUUUUUCUCUGUUAAGAAAGACACGUGAGGACAGAUAUAUGUCGUCCCCCCCCACUGUAAAUGCAUGUCUGUGCCUGCAUUGAGUAAUUCGGAGCAGUUCGCUGAGUCCAUCUAAUUCUUAUGCCCGACAUAUGGUUUUAUUACCACUGUCAGAAAUGUGUCUCUGUUGUGAGAUGAUCAAACGUCUUGUCAGGCAAGUUACUGUGGAAGCAGUUCACAGUCAGAGGCAGAUCUUAUCUGUAGGGAGCAGCUUUAAGAUUAAAGUAAGGAUCUGUCUUAUCGAGAUAAAGUCAAUUGAACUCUAAUAAACAUCUGACUCCUACAUGUAGUCAGAAAACUACAGUCUGGGAAUGUCUGGAGCCACAGUUGUGUCUUUUCAGAUGCCAGACAGAUGUUCACACAGAUGCAGCACACACACAUGCAUGUCCAUAUUUUACUAUCUUAUUAAGAACUCCACAUUUGAUCUUUUGUCAUCUUAAUUCCAUAAAAAGGAGUCUGACAGAGCUAUCAGUUAUUGUUUUAAACAGUUUUGACGGCAACACAGUUUUGCUCUCUCCCCAACUUUUAUUUUGAAAGACAAGUUUCAAUGGUAAAUUGAAGUUCAGUGUCCGUAAAAUAUGUAUUUGUUCUUCAUCUCCCACCUCGCUUGUGUUUGCUGAGAAAAAUCAACUCUACCUGGUCAAAAUGGAAUUCAUGCUGUAAAAUGGAAAAUUAUAAUUUUUUUAGCACUUAAUGUGAAAGUUGCAUUGUAGCUGCUGAGACGGCGUGGUGUGAAUAGAAUAACCAUUUUCAUUAUUUAAGUAGUUACACAAAUAAAAUAAUUAUUUAAGUUCUUCUAUGUUGUUUUUUCCAUUGUACUGUAUGUGACAUUUUUUUUUAUUCCUGUAUUGUAAAUAAAACUAGGGAUAACUUUGUUUCUCUACAGAAAUAUCAAUAUGUCUAUUAAAAUGUAUAGCAUGUCUGAAA